AACAUUCAGUAUGCUCUGCAGUAGCCCUGCCCUUGGAAUUGUUUGACAUUUGACAGUUUCCAAACGUCAUAGCAACACAAAGCUAAUUCAAAAGCAACGAAUAAAAUCCCCGCUUCAAAACAUAUCGCGUCAAUGAUGCUAUGCUGCUGCUAGAGGAAAGUUAAAUCAUAGUAAAAUGGCAAUUCCAUCAUCGCGAGUGUUAAUAAACGAUCUGGAUAACAAAGAUGAACUAUACGCAGUGUUGCAGGAAGAGUUACGCAAAAGUGGUAUCAAAUAUCGGAAGGAGAAAAACUCGAAAGCAUCAAAUGAAAAACCCAAGUGUAAACGCAUCUUCAAAACACCCUUACAUGCACUAGAGCUCACCGAUGUGCUGCUAGCGAACGGCGGAAUAGUACAAAUUCCCCUGUUCGUAUCAAACGCAUGUCAGUUUAUACUCGAAAAUGUAGACACGGAAGGACUGUUUCGGAAAGCUGGUUCCACCAAACGCCAACAACAGAUAAAGGCGAGUUUGGAGUCGGGCAUUCCGUUGGGCAAAUCGCACCACGUAAUUGACGUUGCCAACAUUAUAAAGACAUUCUUCCGCGAUCUGCCCGAGGCACUUUUACCAUCCGGAAACGUACAGGAAGCACUCAUCCGAUGUUUGCUCGGUGGCAACGAUGAUAAGGUGCACAAGCUGAUGAUGACCUGUUUGCUAUUGCCACCGUUGACGCUCAACACCCUUGCAUACUUCGUGCAGUUCUUACACACGGUCUCCAUGCAUGCCGAAAAAAAUAGGAUGACGGCGGAAAAUUUGGCCAUCAUAUUAACACCUAGCAUUAUGCCAAUCACCGAAUCGGUUCAGCAAAGGUUUAACAGUCACGUCAAGGUUUUGCUGUUGCUGAUUGAAAAUUCUCAACAGAUUGGUCUCGUCCCAGAGGUAAUCCUUAGCCAGCUGAAGGAAGAUACUGGAAGCAAUAUAAGCAUGGCAUUAACGAAUGUGACGGACAAAAAGAAGAAAAAGCGUCGCAGCGGAUCACUUACGCGCAUGUUCAACGGUUUCAAGAAAAUGGUCAGUGCCAUUGGAUCAUCGGAGAAUUUGGACAGAACAGAUGAAAGGGGUGAAAACGAUCCGACAAUGGUGAUCGGUACGCCUUGUUUAAGCAAAUCAGCAAAGAAAAGGAAAGUGACGGAUGGAAUUGCUUUCAGUGCCAAAAAAAAGAAAGAAGUAACAUCCCUAUUGCCGGAUAACCAUGAUCUUCUACCUUGCACGCCGCUCGUUAUAAAGGAACCGAAGAAAAGUCGCCUAAGCCUUGGAGGAAGUAAAAAACCCAGCAAAGUGGUACAACGUCUGCUACCGACCGGUUCAAUACCAUCAAUUACCGAAGGCAAACCAAUGGAACGACGUUGGAGUGUGGUCGGUGCACCAUGGGGACGGAAAAAACAAAAUCGCCACAAAGUGCAGGAAACGGAAAACAGCACAGACAUGCUCGAUGCGGGAGCAAAGGCUGAGGAUGAGUUUGAUGCGGAUCCGGCAGGCAAAUCGCUUUUGCUUGCCGGGGGUCGCAUGUCGCCAGUCGUCUCGAUGCCCUGCCUCUUCAGUGCUGAGAGGUUGUGUGCCACGGCAGAUAAAAUGAAUGAUGAAUUAACAGAGUCGAAAGAAGAGGAUGAAGAUGAAACCAAUCGCGAUGAUUUCCUUAAGAUCCGGCGUAGCGAGUAUGAAGCGAUUAAAAAACGAAUGUCGGACAUUGAGUCUAAGCUGUCGAAAGAGUUCACCGCACUGGUUGGACGAGACGACGUGCUGUUGGAUAAUGUCGAAGACAAGUAUCGACAGACGCUGGAACAUACGGAACCGAUCGAGGCAACAUGCGCCACAACGGAUCAGUUGGCAAAGAGGCUCAGUCGCGAGUUGAAGAUUCGCCAGAGCGGUGAACACAAGGUGAUCCGAUCGCCGAGUGCAAGAAAGAUUGGUACUAUUCGUAGGCGUAGCCGAGAGGCUGUUCGUCUCUCGCGCAAUCAGUCGUGGCACGUUGGUAAUGGGGCACGAGAUUUACCGGCUACCGUCACGACUGGUACGGUGGAUCUUUCCUUCUAUCCCAAGUCCGGUGUGUUGAAGCGCGGUCGUCCGAACACGGUACAGAGCGGGUUAAAAGCUCCGGAUACAACGAUGACCACACCCUGUCCGGAACCAGAAACAAUGGAGUUGGCGGCGGAAAAGCAAUCCGCAAAACCACCCCCCCGUUCAAGCGGUGGCAACUUCACGGAUGAAGAAAAGGAAGAACAAUGGGUUAAUGCGGAAAGCUACUUUGAGACGCAUAACGUCACCGAUGAUAACGCAUCGAGUGUAAUGGAUUCAACUGCCGAGUUUCUGACGCCGUGUAAGGUGCUGAUGGAAGAUUAUUUCAAAACGCCGGAUCAACAUUCCCGCCGUGCAUCGUUAAGAUCGGCUUCAAAACAGCAACAGCCUGCAACCUUCUGCACUCCCACACCGUUAGUAUCGCGAGUUGAUGUGAACAUCCAGAGUGCGAAGACGCCCAUGCUUCCACCGGUAGUUCCACCACGCAUAAAAACUCCCGCCCGGACGCCCAAACUUCCACCGCGCACACCGAGCAGCGCGCUACGGCAGGCAAAUUCAGCCAGCUUGCUUAAGUCUCACUUUACACCGCUACAAGAGGCUCAGAGCGGUCGUGCAUCAAUCGCCCGAAUUCGGAGCCAAAAUGCAGGCAUGGUUAUGGCUAAAGCCAAACUUUUCGAUGGACUCGUAUCGAACGCUAGCCUAGAGUUGCAAUCCGCAGCAGGAGCGACGAAUCGAACACCGAUCGCAAAACGGCGCCAGAGUGGAAUGUUCCGAUCGACAUUCGAUACAAUGGUCAAUGGUCGUGAAUCGGCUGUUCACAUUCCACAAGUGCAGAAGCUACGAUCUGCUUCUGCACAACACACAAACGUACACCGCAGUCCCAGGAAAUCGACACCGCGAAAACGUGCCUUCACGAAGUCGACACACGGCGGAGGAAUUAAUCGACGUGAAAAGCUCCGGCAUGCAACAAAGGGUCCUGCGGGCAGUGUAACGUCGGCCGUAGGAGUUUCCUCCAAGGUCCUGCUCAACUCUCCGCGAAUUGUGCGCCGGCUGCAGGAGAAUGUGCAGGAACAUCUAGCAGCGACAAAUGUGAAUGUCGUAUGUCUCUCGCCGAACGUAAAGGACGUGAACAGCGGAAAGGCGAUAGCCUCGCCUAGACUAACGACACCACACAUCCGUAAGCAAUUGUUACGGAACUCGCCUAGACGUAUCCUGGCUGCGACACCGGGGCGAGACAAUCGUAUGCCGCACGGUGAGCGAUUUCAAACGCCACUGAAAGCCACACCACUAUCCCGCUUCGCAAUCAGCGCUGCACCCGGUUUUGAGAACAGUCCCGAACGAUCACCCCAUACACGGGCGGCAAAUGUUCGUUAGGCAUGGAAAUUUCACACCGUAACCGUGUUUUAGAAUACCGUUCAACAAGUGCCAGCGCUGCGUUUACGCACCCCCUUUGCUUUCCUAAGAGAUUUUAAAAUUAUGUGGUAACAUGUAGAAAAAUUGACAAACAUGACAACAAAAAAACUUGCAGGACCUAAAAGAAAA